AAUUUAGUACGGGUAAGGCUGUCUGUCCGUACACUAGUCACUGCUCGCAGUUGUCUGAAUUAUAUUUCUGCCUGAAAUCGCCGCUGAUUUCGCACAAACAAAAUGUCGUCGACCGCCGUACAGCCGCCACCACCCGCACCCGCACCGCCGCCACCCUCAUCAGCUGCUGCCGCUGCUGGAAAGGGCAUCCAUACAAAGCUCUACAAUGGCUUGAUUGGUGUCUGCGACAAAUUUGUGCCAGCUAAAAUGCGGCCACUUUGGAUGCAUCCCGCAGGUCCAAAAACGAUUUUCUUCUGGGCACCAAUUUUUAAAUGGGGUCUAGUCGCCGCUGGACUAAGUGAUUUGGCCCGUCCUGCGGACACCAUUUCUGUUUCUGGAUGCGGUGCACUGGCUGCCACGGGUAUUAUCUGGUCACGGUAUUCGCUGGUGAUUAUACCCAAAAAUUACAGUUUGUUUGCCGUCAAUUUGUUUGUGGGCCUAACACAAUUGGUACAACUGGGACGUGCAUAUAACUAUCAGUUGGAGCAGGAAAAGCUGAAGAAAGAGCAGAGCGAAAAGCCAGCGAUAACUCAAUGAAUUGGAUGUGAACACGCACACCGUAUAACACAACAGACGCAUAUCGAACCACUGCGUUUUAUAUUAAGUUGUUUAAGUUGCAGCGACUGACCAUUUUUAUUCGGUGGUUUCUUGUUGCCUUACAAAACGUGAUUCGUAUUACUUAAGUUUGUAAAUGUUGGAGGCUUCGCGUAUAUUUGUAAUUAUUCGUAGCAUUAAUAGACUUUUUGUGAUUUCUGUCAAGUAAAAAGAGAAAUAAACAAAUACAUUCUCAGGACUGUAGAAGGUAAUGUAAAA